AUGGCCCAUGAAAUCGAGCUGCCACGAUGGACAGCGGUCCAGCGUCUAUCAUCGCCGUGGUCUGGAACGACGCCCUCACGACUGCACACGUCGUUGGGGUCAAAGUCAAACACCAUGCGCUGGUGCGGCGGGCCUCGACCAGCCUCAGCGGCCUUGAUCCAGGAGGUCUCGCAGCCCCGGGCAAUGGCGAUCGGGGACUUGCUGCCGGUGAUAAUCGAUAUGUCACGUAGCAUCGCCACCGUCCAGGCUCGCUGCGCCGGAUCGACGUACUGUACGGCCGCGAAGAAGAGACAGACGGUGAGCUCGUGCAGCACCCCGGCGAUGGUAACAUUUAGAUUCGAGCUGGCACCCGCAGGCGGGCAAGAAGAAGGGUACGCAUAG